UUUUCUCAAUUUAACAGACUUUUUCCAAUGUUUUCCUCAUCCAUAACUUCCGCUAAACGCCUUCUACAAAUUAAUUAUAGAUUAGCAUCAAGACUUGUUGGCAAAAAUAUUCCAGUUUCUUCACAAAAUAAAUUAACAAAAAAUGUUUCAAUUAAAAAUGAAGAAGAACAAAAUAUUAAAGAAAAUAAAAGUUUGUUUAAAAUUAAUUAA